AUGAAACUUUACAUAUCUUUUCUAGUGAGUCUUGUUCUAUGGCUCCUCUUUGUUUCCUGCGACGGGUUUGCCUCAAAAGAAGUGGAAGCUCUUAGGAGAUUCAAGGAAGCUAUAUACAAGGACCCUUUGCUAGUGAUGUCUAAUUGGAAUGUCCCUGAGUCGGAUCCUUGUAACUGGAACGGCAUAACAUGUUCUCCAACUAAGGAUCAUAUCAUCAAAAUAAACUUAUCGGAUACGUCAAUGAGAGGGUUUCUUGUGCCAGAAAUCGGUCAGAUAACAUACUUGCAAGAACUGAUCCUGCGUGGGAACAUUCUAAUGGGGACAAUACCAAAGGAGAUUGGAAAGUUGGAGAAACUCAACAACUUAGACUUGGGAAACAAUCAUCUAACAGGACCCAUUCCAGCAGAGAUUGGGAGUUUGUCAAACAUUAUGAUUAUAAACCUUCACUCCAAUGGUUUAACUGGAAAGUUACCUCCAGAGAUUUGGAAUUUGAAGUACCUUAGAGAGCUUAUUAUUGACAGGAAUAGGCUUCAAGGAAGUAUUCCCAUUGAUACAACAUCAGAAACGGAUGAUUCAAAUCCAAGUGAGAACAUCACUGGUUUGUGCAAGUCUCCUGGUCUGAAAGUGGUGGACUUCUCCUACAACUACUUUGAAGGACAGAUUCCGAAGUGUUUGGAUUACCUUCCAAGAACGAUCUUUCAAGGAAACUGCAUGGAAACCGAGGACGUUAAGCAGAGGCCUUCUUCAGAAUGUGCUGCAGUAUUGGCCAAGAAGAAGCAACGAGGAUCAACUCCAGUGUGGCUUCGGAAUUUUGAGAUAGUCACAGGAUCAUCGAUUGGUUUGGUCUUCCUAGUUGUAGUUUACUCUGCAUUUCGCAUGUGCAACAUAAAGCGCUCUCUCAUCUUUCCCUGGAAGAAAUCUGCAAGUGAAAAGGAUCACUUCACUGUCUACGUUGAUUCUGAAUUGCUGAAGGAUGUUUCAAGAUUCACAAGACAGGAGUUAGAAGUGGCGUGUGAAGACUUUAGCAACAUCAUUGAUUCUUGUGAGAAUAGUCAGGUUUACAAAGGAACGAUCAACGGCGGUACUGAGAUUGCAGUGAUCUCUCUCUGCGUUAAAGAAGAAGAUUGGUCUGGCUGUUUUGAGGUUUAUUUCCAGAGAGAGGCUGCGGAUUUGGCUAGAUUAAACCAUGAAAAUGUUGGGAAAUUACUUGGAUACUGCAAAGAGAACACACCGUUUACAAGAAUGCUUGUAUUUGAGUAUGCAUCAAACGGGACACUAUACGAGCACCUCCACUAUGGAGAAGGGAGCUUAGUCUCGUGGGCCAAACGCAUGAAAGUUGUUAUAGGCAUCGCUCGUGGUCUUAAGUACUUUCACACUGAACUCGAUCCUCCAUUUACAGUCUCUGAUUUGAACUCAAACGCAGUGUAUCUCACUGAAGAUUUUACUCCCAAACUGGUUGAUUUUGAAUGCUGGAAGACGAUUCUCAUGAGAUCAGAGAAGAACUUGAGGGACAUUAGUGGUGAAGGAGCUAUAUGUGUACUUCCUGACGCAAUGGAGCAUCGAGUCCUGAAUUUACAAGGGAAUCUCUACUCUUUUGGGAUACUCUUGCUUGAAAUUGUAAGCGGAAGACCUUCUUAUUGCCAAGAGAGAGGCUGCUUGGUUCAAUGGGCAAAGGAGUAUCUUGUUGCUCCAGAUGUGAUGGCUAGUUUGGUGGAUCCCGAGCUGAAGCAUUACAGCCAAAAGGAACUCGAGGCGGUGUGUGAAGUGGCGAGGCAAUGCUUGAACUUGGACAAGAAUACGACUUCUUCUUCUUCUUCUUCGGCUCAGGUGCUUUGUGAGACAUUAGAGAGUAGAAUCAGUGUGUCCAUUUCAGCAGAUAUCAGGUCGUCUUCUUUGGCAUGGGCCGAAAUAGCGCUGGCUUCGCCUUGUAAUGAAGAUGAAGAUGAAGAUGAAAGGAGUAGAUACUCAAAUAAACACUCCAAAUCUUCCAAAUAA